UUGGUCACCUUCCUUUUUGCUUCCUCGUCUGGGGGAAAAAGGCAGAGAAAGACCCUGCCUUACAGCCUUCUGGCUGCCGGAUCGGAUCACCGAGGAAGGGGCUGGCUGCUGGGGGGGGGGAGAGGUUCUCCUCAAUUUUGGCUUCCACCUCUGUGCCAAAGUGAAGCAAACAAGAGACUAGCCGGGAUUCCUCCCCCUGCCGUUGUCGCCGGAGUCCAUUCAAGUGGCAGACUUCCCAGCCCACCCCCAGGAGUCAAUCCGACUAGAGAGAGAGAGAGAGAGUGCUGAAUUGGAUCAUUGUCACUGCCGCCCGGAGCCUGGCACGACCCCUGCACAAUUGUGUGUAUGUGGCUGUUGGAUUUGUCCGGGCAGCAGGCCCGGAAGCAAGCAGGUGUUACGUACAUGGAGAGGAGCGGCUGUAGUCCAUUUCCAAUAUGCUGGGCUAAAGAAUAUGACAGAUACCUAGCAUCUAGCAAAACUAUGGCAGCAGCUUAUCUAGACCCAAACUUGAAUCAUACGCCAAGCUCAAGCACAAAAACGCACCUCAGUUCCGGGGUGGAACGUUCUCCGGGGACAAUGGAACGAGUCCUGAAAGUUUUUCAUUAUUUUGAAAGCAACAGUGAACCAACAACGUGGGCCAGUAUUAUCCGACAUGGAGAUGCCACAGAUGUUUGGGGCAUAAUUCAGAAGAUCGUGGACUGUCACAAAGUAAAAAAUGUCGCCUGUUUCGGUUUACGGCUUAGUCACCUACAGUCCGAGGAAGUUCACUGGCUACAUCCAGACAUGGGGGUCUCCAACGUGAGAGAGAAAUUUGAAGUAGGACAUGCACCAGAGGAAUGGAAGUAUGAGUUGCGAAUUCGAUACUUACCGAAAGGAUUUCUGAACCAGUUUACUGAAGAUAAGCCAACGUUAAAUUUUUUAUACCAGCAGGUGAAAAAUGACUAUAUGCUAGAGAUAGCAGAUCAGGUGGACCAGGAAAUUGCCUUGAAGCUAGGAUGCCUUGAAAUCCGGAGAUCAUACUGCGAAAUGAGAGGCAACGCACUGGAUAAAAAGUCCAACUACGAAGUCUUAGAGAAAGAUGUCGGUUUAAGAAGAUUUUUUCCAAAGAGUUUACUGGAUUCAGUAAAGGCCAAAAAUCUACGAAAAAUGAUACAGCAAACGUUUCGACAAUUUGCCAACCUCAAUAGAGAAGAAAGUAUUUUGAAAUUCUUUGAGAUUCUCUCACCAGUAUACCGAUUCGAUAAGGAAUGCUUCAAGUGUGCCCUUGGAUCCAGCUGGAUUAUUUCAGUGGAAUUGGCCAUCGGUCCAGAAGAAGGAAUCAGCUACCUUACGGACAAAGGAUCCAAUCCCACCCAUUUGGCAGAUUUCCAUCAAGUGCAGACCAUCCAGUAUUCAACUAAUGAAGACAAGGACCGAAAAGGAAUGCUCCAGAUGAAAAUUGCCGGAGCGCCAGAACCUCUGACAGUGACAGCACCAUCCUUAACCAUUGCAGAGAACAUGGCUGACUUGAUAGACGGCUAUUGCCGACUGGUCACGGGGGCGACCCAGUCUUUUAUUAUCCGAACCCAGAAAGAAGGCGAAAGAGCUUUACCAUCCAUACCAAAGCUGGCCAACAACGAGAAGCAAGGCAUACGGUCACAUACGGUAUCUGUAUCAGGAGUCAGUCACUGUCAACAUAAAGUAAAGAGAGCCAGACCCUUUGUCCCUUUUGUCUUGUGUUCACAUGAAUCACCGGCUAAGGAUGAAAUUAGUGGGGACGAAACAGAUGACUAUGCAGAGAUCAUAGAUGAAGAAGAUACGUAUACCAUGCCUUCAAAAAGCUAUGGAAUAGAUGAAGCCAGGGAUUAUGAGAUUCAGAGGGAGCGGAUUGAACUGGGACGCUGCAUCGGUGAAGGGCAGUUUGGUGAUGUUCACCAAGGAGUUUAUGUCACUCCAGAAAACCCUGCCAUGGCAGUUGCAAUCAAAACGUGUAAAAACUGUACUUCAGACAGCAUCAGAGAGAAAUUCUUGCAAGAAGCCUUAACGAUGCGUCAAUUUGACCACCCCCACAUUGUCAAGCUGAUUGGUGUCAUUACGGAAAACCCUGUCUGGAUCAUUAUGGAGCUGUGUACCCAGGGAGAGCUGAGAUCGUUUCUCCAAGUCAGAAAAUACAGCUUAGAUCUGGCGUCUUUGAUACUUUACGCUUAUCAACUUAGCACAGCCCUUGCCUACUUAGAGAGCAAACGGUUUGUACAUAGGGAUAUUGCUGCUAGGAAUGUACUGGUGUCCUCUACAGACUGUGUGAAACUAGGUGACUUUGGUUUGUCUCGGUAUAUGGAAGAUAGCACAUAUUAUAAAGCUUCAAAAGGAAAAUUGCCCAUCAAGUGGAUGGCCCCAGAAUCCAUCAACUUCCGACGUUUUACCUCAGCCAGUGAUGUUUGGAUGUUUGGUGUAUGCAUGUGGGAAAUCUUAAUGCAUGGCAUUAAACCCUUUCAAGGGGUGAAGAACAACGACGUGAUUGGCCGGAUCGAAAACGGCGAGCGAUUGCCGAUGCCGCCCAACUGCCCACCUACUCUCUACAGCCUCAUGACCAAAUGUUGGGCGUAUGAUCCCAGCAGGCGUCCGCGAUUUACGGAACUUAAAGCUCAACUGAAUACGAUCCUGGAGGAGGAGAAGCUGCAGCAGGAAGAACGAGUAAGGAUGGAGUCCAGGCGACAAGUCACCGUGUCCUGGGAUUCUGGAGGAUCCGAUGAAGCUCCUCCCAAGCCCAGCAGACCCGGUUACCCCAGUCCAAGAUCAAGUGAAGGAUUUUAUCCCAGUCCACAGCACAUGAUACAACCCAAUCACUACCAGGUUUCAGGCUAUCCCGGUCCCCAUGGAAUUCCAUCCCUGGCAGGUAGCAUUUAUCCAGGACAAGCUUCUCUGUUGGAUCAAACAGAUUCCUGGAACCAUCGGCCUCAAGACAUAUCCAUGUGGCAACCCAACAUGGAGGAUUCUGGCACUUUGGAUAUGCGCGGAAUGGGACAUGUCCUACCAGCACAUCUAAUGGAAGAGAGAUUGAUACGACAGCAGCAGGAAAUGGAGGAAGACCAGAGAUGGUUGGAAAAGGAGGAGCGGUUUCUGAAACCCGACGUGAGGCUGUCCAGAGGGAGCAUUGACCGAGAGGACGGAAGUCUCCAGGGUCCGGCUUCUAACCAGCACAUUUAUCAGCCUGUGGGCAAACCAGAUCAUGCUGCCCCACCCAAAAAGCCACCACGCCCUGGAGCUCCCAGCCACUUGGGCAGCCUUGCCAGCCUCAACAACCCUGUGGACAGCUACAACGAAGGGGUUAAGCCGUGGCGGAUUCAGCCACAGGAGAUCAGCCCUCCUCCCACGGCUAACUUGGAUCGCUCAAACGACAAGGUGUACGAGAACGUCACCGGCUUGGUCAAGGCGGUCAUAGAAAUGUCGAGCAAAAUCCAGCCAGCGCCCCCUGAGGAGUAUGUCCCCAUGGUGAAGGAAGUCGGAUUGGCCUUGCGAACUUUAUUGGCAACCGUUGAUGAAACCAUUCUGGUCCUCCCACCAAGCACUCACAGAGAGAUCGAGAUGGCUCAGAAACUGUUGAAUUCCGACCUGGCAGAAUUGAUUAACAAGAUGAAGCUGGCUCAGCAGUACGUCAUGACCAGCUUGCAGCAGGAAUACAAGAAGCAGAUGCUGACGGCCGCUCACGCCCUCGCCGUAGACGCCAAAAACCUAUUGGAUGUUAUCGACCAGGCCAGGCUAAAGUCUCUUGGCCAGGCCAGGCCUCACUAGAAGCGGAGAAGCGGAUUUUGCAUUGCACAGGUCGAAAAAGGAUUGUUAGCCUUUAAAGCAAGCGACGGCCACCCUUUCAGCAGGAACAAGAACGGACAGCUCAACUCCAGGAUUGUCAACUUGUUGGUUCUCUCAAUUUUUUAAAUUUUUUUUUUUAAAAACCAAUGCCAAGAAAAAUCCAAAACCGAAACGCAACAAAAAACUUAGAAACCCAUUUUUUUUUUUGGUUUCACGUCAUUCAGAACGUGAAAUGUUUUUAAGACAGGGGUCAAAACCGAAACGCAACAAAAAACUUAGAAACCCAUUUUUUUUGGGUUUCACGUCAUUCAGAACGUGAAAUGUUUUUAAGACAGGGGUCCCCAACCCCCCGGUCUGUGGACCAAUACCGGGCCGUGGCAUGCCAGCAGCCGGUCCACACAAACAAGCAAAGCCCCAUCCCUGAGAUGCAGGCAGCACACAAAUCCACGCCCCCUCCGGUCCGCGGAAAAACCUCUCUUCACGGAAUCGGUGCCUGGUGGUGCCCAAAUGGUUGGGGGGCCUCUGUUUUAAGAGACGGAAUUGCUUUUUUUUUCUUCUUCUUCUUCAAACCAAGAAAAAAACUGACAAAGGAACUCUUUUGAGCUGCAUACCUGAAACCGUGUGAAGAAUUCUGGGAAACCUCAGGGCUGAGAAUUCUUUUCCACAACGUAUAAACUGCUGUGACUGGAACUCUCUCUCUCUCUUUUUUUUAUCGGAACACUUAAUAAUGCCACAAAAUGCUAAUCACAAUUUACAGAGAUGAAAAAAGCUAUAUUUUCAAAAAGUAUCUCAUUUCAAAGCAAAUUUAAGAAAAGAAAAAAAAAAGCCCUCAUCUUGUUUUCCUACUCCCGUGUGGGAUGUAUGUGAACCCUUUGGGACUUGUAGAACACAACCCAGAACUGUUUUCACCAGAAUAACAUGCCAGUUUUGUUUUUUUUUUUUAGUCGUUUUCUUUCUACGUAAGAAAUGGAGCUGCAUUUAGAAGUUCUGUAACCAUACCAUGUUCCCCAUUUUUAUAUAAUUUAUAAAGAAAAGAUUAAAGCCAUGAUAAAUAUUUUAAAACUGCUUGAAUCCAACUCAUCAAGUGCCUGACUGUGGAACUGAUAAGAAUGCAUGCAUGCAUGCAUCCUUUGCGGGAGAGAAUGAGGCAUUUCGAAGUAUGCAAAAUUGCAAGCCUUCAAUAAAAUGAGAAAAGAGGCGCCCAACAGCCCGGCUCCUCGAAAGAGAGUAAAAAUGUCUGAUGUAAAUCCAA